AGCUAAGGAAAGUUGACACUUAAGCUGGUGUUUGAAGCGUUUCCGUGGAGCACCUCUGUUACGUUGACCACCUUUUACAUCAUUAAAAAAGACUGCCUUUGUCAUACGUUCAUCUCCCAUACGGGAUACGUGCCCUGCCCAGCGUAACUGUCAGACCAUAAGAAGUCCCUCUAUACUGGCGUUUGCAAGGACAUCACUGUUUGUAGUGCAGUCUUAACACCGUAUGUCCAUGAUGGAGCGCAAGCAUCUUUGGUGAAAGCGCUCAAGUAGUCUUAGUUGUUUUCUGUAUAGUGUCCAUGUCUCAGAGUCAUACAGAAGUGUUGAGAGAACCACCGCCUGGUAGACAUUGAUAUUUGUUGGCAGGCGGAGCAAUUUGUUCUGCCAAACUCUUGCCUGAAGGCAUCCAAAAGCGCUACUGGCCCUGGCCAGACGGUUAUCAACUUCCCUUGAAAGUGAGGCGUUAUUUGACACAAUACUACCUAGAUAUGUGAAGUGGUCUACAUUUAUAGUACCAUUUUAUAAUUAAUAUUGUUAUAAUCUAGAAUAUUCUAGAUCCUAGAGAUUUAGUAGAGGUAGCCUAAGGUCACUAUGGAUAUAUAGUUACAGUUAGUGUAUGAGAUUAGAGUCUUAUUAAAAUUAAUAUUGUUUGUCUACAAUAAUAAAAUAAUCAUUUCAUAUCACCAACAGAAAGAGAGACCUGACAACCCAGCAAGUCCGACAUUUCGUUUUUCAAAUUAAGGACACAGAAUAGAGCUGCAAUAUAUAUGGAUCCAUCAAUCAGGUUGCCCCUCUAAAUGGAAACAAACAUACAAUCUUCCAGUCAUAAGUACCUCACUAGCAGGCUGGUUAGCACCUCAGCCCAAGGAGGCAUGAGCCUGGAUACUAGUUUGAAUUCAGAGAUUCAAUUCAAAUAUUGCUAAGAGUUCGCCCUCCUGAUCCAAGUGAAAAAGACUUUGCACCACGCGUUCUGGAUGUUAACACUGCAGACAAUGCCAUUAUUCUUCACACAAAGCCAGAGCCCAAAAUUUUUAGAUAUGACGAUGUAGCAGAUGCUGACACCACACAGUGGCCAGACUGGCUCAGGAAAAAGUUUUACUAUGUUUGGUCCCUCUGAGAACUUGGAAAGCUCUCAGCUUCGUGGUGUGAUUCCCAGAAGUUUGGAGUAUCUCUUUAGUGUAAUAGCUCACCAACAAGAUAAUGGCAGUAAAAAAUAGUUUUGUGUCGCUGCUCCUUUUAAGAAAUCUAUCAAGAGCAAAUCUUUGAUCUUUUGGAUACAGCUUCACAAGGUAUUCGCUUAUGUGAGAAUAUGAGCAAGGUGUCUUUGUAGAUGGACUCAUUGAGCAAGUUAUCUGCAACCCAAGAGAUGCUUAUCAGAUCUCCAAAAAUAGAGGAUUUGAAUCUUUCUUUCAAAGAUUAUCAAAAAAUCUUUUUACAGGAGGAUUCAUUUAAGAAAUUGUAUGCUGUCAUUAGUAAACUUCAACAAGAAAAUCAAAACUUGCUGGAAAAGUUGAUCUUUAUGAAUCACUUAGAGAAUCAUGAAUCUCAGCUGACAGCCAAAGAAGAAGAACUGCAUAGUGUGAACAUGACUCUUCAGAAAUUUGAAAAAGACAACAAAGUUUUACAAGCUAUGUUGAAGCACACAGAAGUUUGUGAGCAGAAAGCUCCUGAAGUGCCAAAUUUUCAAGUUAUUAAGAAUAUUGAAUUAGCCUAUAGCCGCAAGAUGGAAGAGUUCGAGAGGUCAAUCUUUGGCAAAGAUAAAAAAGUAGCUGAGUUAUUAUUUGAAGAGGAACUUCACCUUGCCAGGGAAACACAUGCAUCUGUUUUAAAAGACAGGAAUUGCAUUAGAAUGGGUGCUGCUGAGGCGUUUCAAGAGUUUCAGAGUGCUGUGCCUAUGCAAGGAGGUGCUAUUGGUGAGCCUGGAGAGAGAAAGUCAUCUUCAGAAAAAAAUGGCUCGGUUAGAGGAAGAACUCUAAUAAAAGAAACAAAAAUGCCAGAAAUAAAUGAACAAUCUUGGAGAAGUAAAAAAAAGUGAAUGAACUAAUAACAUCCUUUUAAAGAGUCACUGUUUUUGUAAAAGCUGUAUAAAGUUUGUUUUUUUAUACCAAUCAAUGGUUAUAAUUCAAGUGAAAGCCACUUCAUUCUUCUUAAAAAAUCCAGUACAAGAGAUACAGUACUUAUAAGCAUGUCAAUGAUUGGUUGAAUUCUACCAGUAUUUGAAUUAACGUAUAUUUUAGUUUGAUGCCCAAGAUUGGCAUUGACUCUAGACAAAUAAUUGUGUUUAUACACAGUUUGACUGUAAAAGAAAUAUGUCGAGAUAUUUUUGUUAAGAUUUUUCUUAAGUUCAAGCUACUACACUCUUUUAAUCAAUAAGUUCAACAAUGGAAUUUAAAAAGAUGUUUAUGGAAACUGUCUUUCAUUUCACUAGCCAUUUGUUUCUCAUAAAAAUUGUGGAAUUGAAAAUGUCUUACAUGUGCUUCUUUAUCUAAUAUUUAUGAAUAUAUAUAUAUAUAUAGAAUAUCCUCUGCUUAAAAGUAUGCUUUAUUGGAAUAUGUUUGAUGUCAAUACUUGUAAUAAAAUGAACAAGAGGUGUUUCACUCUAGUAGUUUAAAUUUUCAUAAGUUAUGAACUAGAGGCCUUAAAUCAAAUUUACUACUUUUGGAUAAAUUUGUCAUCUCUGUAACUGUAAUGUAACUAGGCCUCAAGGUUUCCUAAAUUGAGCAAAGAGAAAGAGCAUCCACAUUUAUCUUUUUUCUAGAAAGAACAAAAAUAAAGCUCAAAUAUUUCUCCUAUUUUGACACAAAUUAAGAAAAAUAAUAUGACCAUUUUUGUAGGAGCACACAAGGUUGAAUUUAUAGGUAGGCUAUUAAGGCAUGGUUGUAUUUUACACAGCUACAACUGUAUUAAUACAUAAAUAAGCUGUCCUAUUGUUAAUAUGUACUGUACAUAAAGAAUUAGUAGAAAUAGCUAUUUGAUCUUCAUGUAUUGUCUUGAAUCCUUUUUUUUUUUUUCUUUGUUGGUGUUUUGAUUUUUCUGAAUAACUUAUAUGUUAAACUACUUGUAUAAUAUGUUUGUAAAUAUUCAUAUCAAAUAAUUUCUAUUGCUGUUUAUUAUGACAGUCUUAAGUUUAAGGAAGUUGGAAGUUUUGUUUAUGUAUCAACACAGACCAUGAGCUCUAUUAUAACUGUCUGUCUGGUCUUUCAGUUUUUCUUUGGGUCAUCUUUUGUUUCAUUGUGGCAGUCUGUAUUUAUAUUUAGUGUAUUCUUGCCAUUUUAUGCCCAUAAUUGAACCCAGACUCCUUUGGUUCAAUCCUUCUAGCACCCUUAAAUGCUUUGCAUGUAGCUGCCAAAUCUGAGAGCCAUAAUAAAGUGCUUCGAGGCCACUGCCUGGUAGAUAUGUAACUAUUUAUCUAUCACCUAAUUGCAGAAGUUUGGGCCCUCUGAGUCCACCCAGCUCUAAUGGGUACCUGGCAUUAGUUGAGGAAAAGUAAAGGCGGUUGGUCAUUGUGCUGGCUACAUGAUACCCUCGUUAACUGUAGGCCACAGAAUCAGAUGACCUUUACAUCAUCUGCCCUAUAGACCACAAGGUCUGAAUGGGGAACUUUACUUACUUACUUAAUUGCAGAAGUGUUGUACAUAAAAACAUUCCGUUCUCAAGUUUAACUGCCAUUAGUUAGAAACAAUAUCUUAAAUAGAAUAAGGUGUAAUUUUUAACAUUAAGCCACAGAAAUGUGACUCUACAAUGACUAUGCUACAAGUAGUAGUUUUUACUUAUAAUUAUAGCAAUCAAUUUUUUUGUUAAAGGCCCCUAGCACUAUUAGAUCUUCAAAUUAGCCUUGUGAUAUUGUAAUAUGUGAUUUAUAUUAGCUGAUAUUUUAUUGCUUUCAUGGAUUAACAAGAAUUGGUUCUGUUACUUUUCAUAACAUUUGUCAUUACACCACAACUGAUGCCUUACUGAACAAAAUGUUCUAAUGAGUGAAAAUAAAGUUAUUUAUUUUCUAA